AUGGUGUGCAAAGUGCAUAAUGUUAAGUGCAUGAAAAGUAAGCCUGUAUAUAUUCCACAUGAGUGGCACGAUCCUGGUGAUCUCUUCAUCGGUGGGAUGGCAUCUCAUAUACAUUACAUUUCUCCAAAACCAUUGUUCAACAGAAAACCUCAUCAGUCCUCUAUUAAUAUACCAUUUGUGGUGACAAAGUUCUACCAACACAUCCUUGCCUUUGUGUUUGCCAUUGAUGAGAUAAACAAGAAUCCAAAGGUUUUGCCCAAUGCCACUCUUGGGUUCCACAUCUAUGACAGCUACUCCAAUUCAAGGAUGACCUACCGUACCACUCUGGAUGUGCUCUUUAAAUCACAUCAUUUUGCCCCCAACUACAAAUGUGGUAUUCAGGAAAAUGUAGUAGGAAUCAUCGGAGGAAUGAGCUCUGAUACCUCCUUCCGCAUGGCAGACAUCUUAGGUCUUUACAAGAUUCCACAGAUUUCAUAUGGUUCAUUUGAACUAAGAUUGAAUGAUAAAAUAAAGCACCCUUCUGUUUACCAUAUGGUCCCCAAUGAAGGCCUUCAGUAUCAGGGAAUUGUCCAGUUACUUCUGCAUUUCACAUGGAAAUGGGUAGGUCUUGUUGUUGUGGAUGAUGAAGGUGGAGAAAAUUUCUUGCAGACUAUGGAGUCAAUGUUUUUGAAGAAUGGAAUCUGUUCGGCAUCCACAGAAAGAGUUAUAAAAAACAUGAAAUUCUCCCCUGAGCUGUCUGACAUUGUGUAUGAUGUGAAGAGUAUUUUACCAAGUUUCUUGCGGAACAAAGCCAAGGUGAUCAUUAUUUACGGAGAAAAUCCAACUAUUGCAUGGUUGGGAUGCAUGAUAACGGGAGCAAUGAUGAGUCAAGCAGUAUUUCCUCACUACAAAAACCUGUUAUCUACAGCAAAAGUGUGGAUAACAACAGCCCAAAUUGAUUUUACAUGGCAUGCUGUUCAAAAAGUUAUUGACAGUGAUAUACAAAUGUUCCAUGGUGCUAUCUCCUUUGAAAUUCACUCAAAGGAGCUGCAGGGCUUCCGAGAAUUUCUUCAGAUUGUAAAUCCUUUGUGGGAAGACGGAGAUGGAUUUAUCAAAGAUUUCUGGGAGCAAGCAUUCAGCUGUUCACUUUCAAACUCCUCUGUGUCUACAUUCCUUGUUAAUCCAUGUACCGGAGAAGAGGUGCUAGAGAGCCUUCCUGCACCUUUUUUUGAAAUGAACACAAUUGGUCACAGCUACAGUAUCUAUAAUGCUGUCUAUACUUUGGCAUAUGCCUUACAUAUCACAUGUUCAGCUAGAACCACACAGGCAAGAACAGGUGCCAGGAGCAAACUAUUUCAUCAGAAUGUGGAAGGCUGGCAGCUUCACUCAUUCCUUCGGUUGAUCUCAUUUAACAACACUGCUGGAGAUGAAAUUACAUUAAAUGAACAUGGAGAGCUGGCAUCUGGCUUUGAUAUUACAAACUUGGUCACAUUCCCAAAUAAAUCUUACAUCAGGGUUAAAGUGGGAAGUCUGGGUCCACAGGCUCCUUCUGGCAAAGAGCUCGUCAUCGAUGGGGGCAGAAUCAAAUGGAACAGAGAUCUUGCACAGUGCCUCUUUCCCUCCCCAGAAACUUGUAUCCAUUGCCCAGAAGACCAGCAUUCAAACAAGGACCACAGUCACUGCAUCCCUAACAUAUCAAAUUUCCUAGCCUUUGAUGACACUUUGGCUAUUGUUUCAACUUCCUCUGCACUUCUAUUGUCUCUGGUUACAGCCAUGGUGCUGGGCAUCUUCAUUAAGCACCGGGACACUGCCAUCGUCAAAGCCAACAACAGAAGCCUCACCUACAUUCUUCUCACCUCCCUCCUCUUGUGUUCCCUCUGCUCUUUGCUGUUCAUCGGAAUGCCUAAUGAGGCAACUUGCCUUCUCCGACAAACAAGUUUCGGCACCAUCUUCUCUGUGGCCCUGUCUAGCAUCUUGGCCAAAACCAUUUCUGUCAUUUUGGCAUUCAUGGCUACCAAACCAGGAUCCAGGAUGAGGAAUUGGAUGGGGCAGAGACUGGCUUAUUCCAUUGUCCUUUCCUGCACCGUUGUUCAAGCAGGGAUCUGCAUUCUCUGGCUGGCAACCUCUCCCCCAUUCCCAGAUUUGGACAUGCACUCAAUGACUGAGCAAAUUAUACUGUUAUGUAAUGAAGGAUCCGCCACCAUGUUCUAUUGUGUUUUGGGCUACAUGGGCUUCCUGGCCACUGUCAGCUUCAAUGUGGCCUUCCUAGCCAGAAAAUUGCCUGACAGUUUCAAUGAAGCCAAAUUUAUCACCUUCAGCAUGCUGGUCUUUUGCAGUGUUUGGCUCUCCUUUGUUCCAACUUACUUAAGCACUAGAGGAAAAUACAUGGUGGCAGCGGAGAUUUUCUCGAUCUUGGCUUCCACUUCUGGCUUACUGGCUUGCAUCUUUUCCCCAAAAUGUUACAUAAUUCUGGCGAAGCCUGAGCUCAACAACAGGGAACAUCUUAUACGAAGAAAGAAUUAA